AUAUCAACAUUAGAAUAAACACUCCCGAAGUAUCUAAAGGCUUGAGCACUAUACCUCUGUAUUCACACACAGCCAGUGCAAAGCAUAUCAUUCAAUGGUUGCUACUACUCUCCCCUCAAACGACUUUCGUGUGAUUAUAGUGGGAGGUGGCAUCAGCGGUCUGGUAACAGCACUCGCGGCCAGCCGAUUCGGCAUUCGUGUUGAUUUAUACGAACGAAAUACUUCUAUUACAGAGUUAGGUGCUGGAGUUGCCAUGUCCGUUGUCACGCCACUUUUACAAUUGAACCCAUAAGUUGAAAUAUUCUACUGACAUUUUUCUGGCAACUUAGCGGUCCUAAUGCGGCAGCUCUCCUCGAGAAACUAAAUGUUGGCGAGAUAUUAGAUAACAUUUCUUCUCGCCCAGUGGACCAUGUCAAUCUCAUUUAUAGGUAGGUCUCUCUUUUUGUAUUUGCAAGUAAACUUAGGAUCCUCAACCUAACGCCUCUCAGAUAUCAUGACACUGGGGAGAUCGGCUACACAGGAAAAUUGAACACUGCUAAACGCAGCUUCUACUGCCACCGCGCCGACUUCGUCCAAACGAUCGCCAGCUGCCUCCCCAGUGACCAGAUCCAUCUAGGUAAAUCCCUCAAAAGUAUUUCUCAGGACCCUCACUCUGUCACGGCCUUCUUCGAAGAUGGUACCUCGGUGACUGCAUCUGCCCUUAUUGGCGCAGACGGAAUCCGCUCAAAGGUGCGCCAAACUUGGAAUCAGGAGAAACCCAUCUUCUCAGGCCAGAUCGUCGUGCGAAGCCUCGUCAAAAUGGCAGCUCUCCCGCAAGAAGUCCAAAAUUAUUGCAAACACGGUAACGUAUGGGUCGCACCAGGGAAAAAGCACAUCGUGGCGUACCCCAUCCAGCGUGGGAAGACGGUAUGUGUCGGGGCUAUCAUCCCGGCUUUUGGGGGCAAGGAAUGGGAAGAGUCGUGGAAGGCAAGGGAUGAUAAGAUCGAUAUGGAGAACUUUAUGUCCACCAUUGAGGAGUUUCACACGGAUCCCAAAACCAUGUUUCAGCUGGGCGAAAGCACGACGAUUUUUGGGCUGUAUGAACGAGAACCGAUAACGAGCUGGAGGAAUGGAAGGAUAGUGCUUAUUGGGGAUGCAGCACAUGCUAUGUUGCCCCAUCAAGGUAUGUCUAUUCACUAAUAAGAGGGAUCAAACACGGAGACCGGACAGAAUCGUGUGCUGACUUUAUUAUCAAAGGCCAAGGUGGCUCGCAAGCAGUCGAAGACGCUUAUGUUUUGGGCGUUCUGCUCGCUGCAGCGUCGAACAGCCAUAUGCCAGGCCUGAACAUUACGAACUGGUUUGAUGUUUUCGAGCAGAUCCGCAAGCCUCGUGCCGAGGCAAUAGCCAUUGGGAGUAGAGCAAUGGGUCAAGCAUUCGAUGACCUUCAAUUGAGCGCAGAAGGAGUGGAAUUCCUGCGCAAAAGCUACUCAUGGAUUUUCAUUACUGAGGCCUUGGAUGGGUGUGAAGACCAGAUGAAGAAGUCUUUUGGGCCAAAUUCGGUUGAAUGGGAAAACCUUCAGAAGAUUUUGGAGACGAGUCCGUGUAGGGAGUGGACCGAGGACUUAUCGACAUGGGGGUCAAAUCCCAGUCAGCAAAUGAACAUAUAGUAUAGUGCAUCUCAAGUCAGUUGAAGAAUCACAUGUUACGAACUAUCGUGAAGCAUCUACCGUUGAUCCGGGAGACGUCUAUCGAGAAACUGUUCACGCUUAUUAAAACUUAUUGAACGAAUGG